AUGGUGAUCCCAUCUACCUCCGAACCCGGGGUCAGAAGUGCCUUCGCCAACGGGUAUUCGGUGUCGCCAGUUACCGAUGCAGCUGGAUUCCACAAUGAGCUAGAAGCAGACGACCACGAGGGUCCUGUCCCUCAAUCCCCCGAAGAUGACGCUGUCUCCGAGUCCCCCUCCUCCGCCGAUCCCGCGGACGAUUCGUACAAUGCCGAUUCUCCUGACGCAGAGGGAGAAGAUGACGAGUAUGGGAUGGAAAACAGCGUAAAAGCUAGUAGCCCGUCCGAUGCUGAAAAUUCUUCCUCCCCUGAACCCUCACGGGGCACGAAGCGCAAAUCGCCGUCUGUCGAUGAUGCGGACCUCAUUCGACAGAAUCCUGAUCUAUACGGUCUUCGUCGUAGUGGGCGAGCUCGCACGACGCGUCGGAUCGCCGAUUCCUCUUCAGACUCCGACUCCGAUGACGUGGCACCUCGUUCUAAGCGUCGACGCCCUGCCGCCUCACAGCUGUCGUCGAAAGUCCCUUCACGGUCCGCAACGCAAUCAACAUACUCUGACGAGUCGGAUAGCGAUGAGUAUGGUGGUAGUCGUGCUCGUGCAAGCAAGGCGAAACGUCGGCGACUACUCCAAGCCUCCGCGAACAACGUUCCUUCCCAUGCCGAGGUUCGCUUCUCAACGCGAAAUGCUGCUAAAGUUUCGAACUAUAAUGAAGAUGACGAUGACUCAAUGUUUGAGGAUGAUGUAGACGAUUUAACACCGAACUAUUGGGUAAACACCGUGGAUGAUGACCGACCAGCUAUAGACGUUGUGCUCAACCAUCGCCCCAAGGAGGGCGUCGAUCCGAGUGACCCUGAUGUUGAUCGUCACCAGUUCGAGUUCUAUAUAAAAUGGCAAGAAAAGUCUCACUAUCACGCGACAUGGGAGACGACAGAAAGCUUGGCCAACUGCCGGAGUACUCGCCGGCUUGAUAAUUACGUCCGGAAGGUUCUCGCCGAAGACCUUCGCUUGAACUACGACGAAGGUGUACCUCCAGAGGAUCGCGAGAAAUGGAACCUCGAUCGCGAAAGGGAUGUUGAUGCUAUCGAGGAUCACAAGAUCGUGGAGCGGGUGAUUGGAAUGCGCGACGGGGAGGAUGGCACCGAAUACCUGGUGAAAUGGAAGCGCCUGUUCUACGAUUCUUGUACAUGGGAAAGUGAAGAGUUGGUUAGUAACAUCGCUCAACGCGAGAUAGACCGUUUCCUAGAUCGAUCUUCGCGACCGCCCGUGUCAGAUAAGAAGGAGUCACAACCCAGCUCUCGCAAACCGUUCGAACCAAUCAAGGGGACACCAAGCUUCUUACACAAUGGCCAGCUCAAGGAGUUCCAGGUGAAAGGGGUCAACUUUAUGGCGUUCAACUGGGUAAAGAAUCGCAACGUCGUCCUGGCAGAUGAAAUGGGGUUGGGUAAAACGGUACAAACUGUCGCUUUUAUCAGUUGGCUGCGUCAUGUCAGACAUCAGCAGGGUCCCUUCGUGGUGGUCGUUCCCCUGUCUACAAUGCCGUCCUGGGCAGAAACGUUUGACAAUUGGUCUCCCGACCUCAACUACAUCGUUUAUAACGGGAACGAAGCCUCUCGCAACGUCCUCAAAGAACAUGAACUUAUGGUGGACGGCAACCCCCGGCGGCCAAAGUUCAACGUGCUCCUGACGACCUACGAGUAUGUUUUGGUGGACUCGACCUUCCUCAGCCAGUUCAACUGGCAAUUCAUGGCGGUAGAUGAGGCUCAUCGGCUGAAAAACCGGGAUUCUCAACUAUAUAUCAAACUUCGAGAAUUCAACUCCCCCGCCCGCCUCCUCAUUACCGGUACCCCGAUUCAGAAUAACCUAGCCGAGCUUUCGGCUCUUUUGGAUUUUUUGAAUCCUGGCCUGAUCAAUGUCGAUGCAGACAUGGACUUGAACUCUGAGGCAGCCUCGGAGAAAUUGGCCCAGUUGACCAAGGCCAUCUCGCCUUUUAUGCUGCGCCGGACGAAGUCCAAAGUUGAGUCUGAUCUUCCUCCCAAGACAGAGAAAAUCAUUCGCGUCGAGCUUUCUGAUGUCCAGUUGGAAUACUACAAGAACAUCCUCACAAAGAAUUAUGCUGCCUUGAACGAAGGCACCAAGGGCCAAAAACAAUCGCUCCUCAACAUCAUGAUGGAACUGAAAAAAGCAAGUAACCAUCCGUUCAUGUUCCCGAAUGCGGAAGCCAAGAUUCUUGAAGGAAGCACUCGUCGCGAAGAUGUGUUGCGAGCCAUGAUCACUAGCAGUGGAAAGAUGAUGCUCCUGGAUCAACUUCUAGCAAAACUAAAGCGAGAUGGGCACCGUGUUUUGAUCUUUAGCCAAAUGGUGAAGAUGCUUGACAUUCUGGGAGACUACAUGGAAUUCCGUGGUUACACUUACCAACGGCUUGACGGCACAAUUCCUUCAGCGUCGCGUCGCCUUGCUAUUGAGCAUUUCAAUGCCCCGGACAGCAGCGAUUUUGCAUUCAUCCUAUCCACACGAGCCGGUGGUCUCGGAAUCAACCUUAUGACUGCUGAUACCGUUGUCCUGUUUGACUCCGAUUGGAACCCGCAAGCUGACCUUCAGGCAAUGGCAAGAGCGCACCGUAUCGGCCAAACAAAGCCUGUCAGUGUGUAUCGUUUGGUCUCCAAGGAUACAGUGGAAGAAGAGGUCAUUGAGCGAGCACGUAACAAGCUUCUGCUCGAGUUCAUCACCAUUCAGAGAGGUGUCACCGACAAGGAAGCAACCGAGAUCCAGAACAAAAUGGCACGAGGGGGAAUCACUCUUGGCGAGCCUAAUUCCACUGAUGACAUUUCUCGAAUACUCAAGCGUCGUGGGCAGAGAAUGUUCGAGCAAACCGGCAACCAGGCGAAGCUGGAGCAGCUUGACAUUGAUUCAGUCCUUGCGAACGCUGAGUUACACCAGACGGAGCAAGCCGAGGGCAUUCAAGCCGACGGUGGCGAAGAGUUUCUGAAAGCAUUUGACUAUGUUGACAUUAAGGUUGACGACCUCACUUGGGAUGAUAUCAUACCCAAAGAGCAACUCGAAGAGAUCAAGGCGGAGGAGAAGAAGAAAGCCGAUGAGAGAUACCUGGCAGAUGUUAUUGAACAGAAUCGACCGCGUAAGCGGAAUGCUGCAGGUGAAGAAAGAGAUACCCGCGCCGAAAGAAAAGCCAAGCGACAAGCACGGGUACAGGUCAGCAUGAACGAUGAUGAUGGCGACGACUCGGAACCGAAUGUGAAAGCCGAUCCGAAGCGCCCACUCGUGGAGAAGGAGUACCGCCACCUCUUACGGUCCUUUCUGCGCUAUGGUGAUAUUGACGAACGAGAAGAGGAAGUUAUCCGCGAAGCUCGCCUGACGGAACGUGAUAGGGACACUGUCAAAGCUGCACUGCGUGAGAUAACUGACAAAGCGGCGGCGCUGGUUAAAGAGGACGUGCAGCGAAUGGAGGCUCUCGAGAAUGCUGGCAAGGUUCUCACUAAAAAGGAGAGGAAAGCGGUAUUGUUUGACCUCCACGGUGUCAAACGUCUUAAUGCGUAUACCAUCGUUGAGCGUCCUACAGAGAUGCGUGUGCUCAAAGAAGCACUACUCGCAGUUCCUGACUUCAGGAGCUUCCGUGUUCCAGAAGCAACAAAAGCGCCUGAUUACUCAUGUCCAUGGGGAGCCCGGGAAGACGGAAUGCUCUGCGUCGGUAUAUCGCGCCAUGGGUAUGGUGCUUGGGCGCAGAUCCGGGACGACACUGACCUAGCCCUGGGAGACAAAUUUUUCCUGGAGGAGCACCGAGUUGAGCGUAAGACCGAGCGUCUGAAUGGAGAAGACAAAUCUACGAAGUCUCCUGGCGCUGUCCAUCUUGUUCGGCGAGCUGAUUACCUUCUGUCCAUCCUCAGAGAUAAGGCCAGUAAUGGCUCUAGUGCUGCAGCGAAGCGGGCGGUGGAGAAUCAUCAUCGCAACGCGCGAAAGAGCGCUUCUCGACCCCACGCAAGCGCAAGUGUGUCGGCAUCUCCAGCCCCGUCACUUCAACGCAAGGGUCACCGCGAGCAAGAUCGAACUCGGCACCGGUCUCACACCCACGGCGGCCGAGACAGCAUGGAACGGCACAAUACCCCAAAUCGCGAUUCCCGUGCUCGGUCUAUCCACGAAAAUGAGCGCCGCCACAGACCGUCCGAUGCGUCGAGUGAAGACGUCCGCCGUCGCAAAAACAGCGAGAAUGGCCACUCAGCAAGCAAGGAGGACAUGUCACGCCGCUUCUUCAAGCCCAUCCGUGAUGAGCUCAAGAAAGUCUCGGAUGUCACCAAAGACAACUUUCCGAACAAGACAGAGCGCGCCUCUGAGCUCCGGCGCCUGCUCAAUAAGAUUGGUGGCUUUAUCAACAGCAACCUGCGGGGAGAGAACUCUGGUUCUCUCUCCUCUCUCGAAACUCGAUUAUGGCACUAUGUCUCCGUCAAUUACUGGCCCAACAAAGACGCCGGAGGAGCCAAACUCAUGGAGAUGUAUCACAAACUGAUAGAUAUCCACAAGAAAUCGGCUGUAGCCCAGGCCCCCGCAAACGGAGACUAA